CGCUCUGCAUCCAGCGAAGAACAUCACGGUGAUCUAUGCAUUGCCGUCAUGGACCCGAAUUUCGUGGGCUCCAGCAAAUACCUCGUGUGGCAAGAUAGUUGCGUACGACGUUGAAGUAUGUGCGACAUACGAAUCAUGUGUCGCAGGCUCGAACGGGAAGCAUUGCGCGAUGCAUCGAACCGAAUAUUCCUGGCUCGUCAUCAACAGCAAAGUGGGCACCUUGUACUGUAUUCAAGUUACUGCCAGGGCGCAGUGUGGAGACGACGUUCUGAACAGCACGCCGACAUUGAAGGAAAUCAAAACGCCUCUAUACGCUCCUGGAGACUUCGAGGUAAUAGCGAGUGCUACCAGUCCUUCGUCAGUGCUGUUGAUCGUGUCAGUGCCGCUGAUAAAGAACGGCGCCCUGGACCGUUGCUACAUAACCUACCACCACACCGGCGAGGAACGUAGCUUCAGCUGCAACGAUCACGGGGGCAAUGCAUCAACAGUGGAGGUCGAAGGAAUCAAACCAGAAACGGAUUACGCGUUCACGUUCACUUUGGCCAACAUACAUGGUAGCCGAGAGAUCAGUACUCGCAAGGUGAUCUUCGUUAAGACUUCAGCAGCUGCAAUAAAUGCUGACGAAGAGCCCACGGACAAUUCGGGAUUGGUGAUUAUACUCUUCUUCUGCGGUUUGAUCUGUGUGAGCUGCAAGGCACGAUCACGCAAACGGCGUCACAGGCGAGGACGGAAUCGAAAGUAAAGGAAAUAAAAUAUAAAUGUUUCUU